AACCAAAAAUUGUAAAUUCAAAAUUUCAAAAUUUUCGUUUCUUUUUUGUUUUUUUUUCAAUUUCGGCUGGGAACUGCGGCAGAUAUAAUGUUUCGUCGGUAUUUAUUAAAAAUGUUGCCAUAUGCCACUUGUGGAAAUUUUGGCACUAAAACAUGUCUUCAGCCCAUAACGGUAACAUGGUCAGCCGCAGUUGCUCCACCGAAACGUAGAGUUACUACAACUGCAACCCUUACUGCAGAAUUACAAAAACUACAAUUACAACGUCACAAAAUUUUGGCUGAACUUACAGAACAUCAGUUGAAACCCUUUUCCCCUAUGAAAUCAAAAAUGAACUAUAAAGCCAGUUACAGCUCACAACACUGCGGUGGAUCUUGUGGUGGACGUGGUGGCAAAAGAUGUGGUUACACAAUAUCCACUUGGGGUGCUAUGAAAGAGUUCUUUGCACAUCCUUACACAUGGGAGAAAAACAAUGGCUAUAUUAAUUUGAUCCUUGUCCUUGCCAUUAUUGGUUAUUUGCUGUGUUCUAAUUACUCUCGUGAUGGAACCCGAAAAGUUUCGAACGAAAAUGAAGAAGUCCCCGAAGAAUGAAAAACAUUUCUUGAACGAACGCAGCUUGCGCUAUCACUCAGUUUGACAACAAAAAUUGGAAAAUAAGUCAGUGGAGCGACUUAUACUGAUUUUUUCAAAUAUGGACAAAAUCAAUCAAUAAAGGACAA